AUCGAAGAACUUUGAUUUGGAUCAUCUGAGACAGUCAACUAUUUACAGUGGACUGGCCGCCCGUAAAUAACAAUAAUCUGUGUACAAUUGACACCCAUUGAAAUGCAUUUGGGGAGAAAAAGUUACCCCCCUCACCCAAAGUUAUGCAAUAAAAAGAUAAAAAUUAAGUAUUUUCUACGAAAAACAGGUGUUGACUCGAAAAAAAAUAUUAAAUUAAAGCAGAUCAGCGAAUACGAGAAUCUGCGGUUGCCGAAGGUUCCACGACAUAAAUCCAGUAAGUCAACACGUGGGUUGUGUUUACUUAGUUCAAUUUAGCGAUGGCUCCACUCAUCCAAUGGACGGCCUGGCAUCCGGCUCACGUGAUCUUGGCGCGGGCACACCUGCACACGCCGAGUGGGCGCAGCCACCAGAGGAGAAGGUCCACGCCAGGGGCGAGGGCCCUGCAGCCGAGCGGCAGCCAUGCAUCGCGACAGUCACGCGUACCAGCAACUCGCGUUCAAGGACUCCUGCGCGUACCAGAGGGCGGCGAACCCGGACGACUUCGCCCACAACCCGCCGCCCUGCCUCUACAUGAGCCGGCAGGUGCAGGCCGGGUACAUGGCGGGAGCCACCCUGGAGCCGGCAGACGGCCUGGUGGAGCCCGCCUACGGGCUCCCGCUGCGUGAGGACCUCGGGAUCCCGCUGUUGCACCACCACCAGCAGCAGCAGCAGGCGGGCCAGGCGCCGCAACACCCGCCGCCGCUUACGCCCGCUGCGGCCUUCGGCGACACGGACGAGCACAGCCGGUUUCACCUUCCUUUCCCCUGGAUGAAAAGCAACAAGGCACACUCCCACGCGUGGAAAGCACAGUGGACAGGUCCGUACAUGAUGGCAGAGGCCGAGGAGAGCAAGCGCACCCGCACGGCCUACACACGAGCUCAGCUUCUGGAGCUGGAAAAGGAAUUUCUGUUCAACCGCUACAUUUCCAGGCCGCGCCGUGUGGAACUGGCGCUUACCCUCAGCCUGACGGAACGCCACAUCAAGAUCUGGUUCCAGAACCGCCGCAUGAAGUGGAAGAAGGAGGAGGACCGGCGGCGGGCCAGGAGGGGCGAGCCCGACCAGGACUCGGCCGUCACCUCUGGGGACCAGGGUGAGGUGGCGCCGGUGGCGGGGGUCUCGCCGCCACUCUCCCCAGAGCGCCGCCACCUGGAUCAAAAGAAUACACUUUUUUGACGCCUUAUAAGAAAAAUCGUCAUGGAGGGAAGUAGGAAGGGGUACACACACAACGAUAAUCAGGGAAAAUCCGAUGAUUUUCCCUGCUUUGCUCAAUUUUUAGAUGUUUAUGAACAAUUAUCUUGAGCAUUUAUUCUGCGGCGUGGGGCCUGUCAGAGGUGACUUUUUUUCCCUCUCCAAUUUGCUCUGUCAGGGUGUACAAUCGUGAAUCUUAAACUCUU